UUCCAUUCAUUUACUCUGAACAGCGAGAAGAAGCAGGAUAGAGUUGCAUGGGUGUCGCAGUUCAAUAGCCAACCAGCACCAUACAACACGAAAAUCAUGGCAGCAAUGGUACAGGACAUAAAAGAGAGAUUCGACAAGUUUCUUCAUGAAAAAAAUUUCAUGACCGAUGCAUUGGCAAAGAUAGAAGCUAAAACUGGAGUAAACAGGGCCUACAUCGCAAUCGUUGUCGUCGUCAUUCUCGCAAUUUACCUGGUUAUUGGGUAUGGAGCCUCCCUACUGUGCAACCUCAUCGGAUUUGUUUAUCCAGCCUACAUAUCGAUCAAAGCCAUUGAGAGUGAAACCAAAGAUGAUGACACAAAAUGGCUGACCUACUGGGUGGUGUAUGGAGUGUUCAGCGUGGCAGAGUUCUUUGCUGACAUCUUCCUGUCCUGGUUCCCAUUUUACUACAUGGGAAAGUGUGCCUUCUUGGUGUGGUGCAUGGCUCCAACUCCUUCUAACGGCUCCAUCCAGAUAUACACGCGGAUCAUCCGCCCCAUCUUCCUCAAGCACGAGUCCAAGAUUGACAACAUAGCCAAGGACCUCAAGGGCAAGGCGACAGAGGCUGCGGACAAGUUCAAAGAUGAAGCGAAGAAAGCGACGGCGAACAUAAUGUGGGAGGAGGGGAUGAAGAAGGACUCCUAAAGGCACCGCGAGGACAAAGUUCCCAAAGUUCAACAGCAUUGUCAUCUCUGGAGUGGACUGUGUUACACAGCUCAAUAAAUGUUGCCUUGGAUUUUUUUUUAUUGUUUAUUAUUUUAUAAAUUAUCUGAAGGAUAGCAUCUUGGUCUUGCACAGUUUGUCUGUAAAAAUAAAAUAAAACUUUAUAAAAUAAACACAGCGAUAGAUGGUCACGUAUCCAAGAGUGAUGUAAAACCGUUUGAAACCUUUAACUUGUUUGCGUACCUUUAGGCUGUAAUGAGCCAGUGAUGUUGUUUCCCCUCCUGCUACGCUUUAAGUACCCAAAUAAAAUAAAAAAAGAAACUUGCUGUUA